AUGUCGCUGUCGUCGGGCGGCUGGUACAAGCUCGGCUGGAUGUGGUCCAUGAAGGCCUCCAUCUCGGCCGCGGUCACGUCGUCGGGCGCGUCGACGGGCUGCAAGGCCGUGGACCGCACGGCGGGGCGGCUGCGCCAGGACUGGCGCGUCGCUGACGACGAGCCGAAGCAAAAAGGGCUGCACGACGGCAAGCCCGGCUGCAUUCUCGCGCCGGGACGGCGAUCCUGUGCCAGUGCGCGCCAGUCCUAUGCCUGGGAACGCCGCUCGAACUGGAAUUCGCCGCGGCGGGAGCUGCAGCCGGAGCCCGCUCUCCUGGCGAGCUCGGAGACCAUCCCGACGAGGGCACAGAUGAGGAUGCAGCGCUGGCCCGGGAAGAGGAGUUACUGCCAUACGAUUGGCAGGGGAUGUGGCGGCCCGCAACACCGCCAGGCGUGGGAAGAGCUGAGCACGGAGCUCGACCACAACGCACGGGCGCUCGCGCUCCACUUUGUGGACGACCAGUGCAAGGACCUGCCGCCAGAACGACGAGCGGCUUCCGCUCGGUUCGUGGAGCUCCUCCUGACUACAGGGUUGGAGCUUUUGUGCAGCGUGGCCUCAAAGCUGCACAGCCUGGAAGUGGAGCAGUGCUGGGCGUGGUGCGCGCGGUGA